GCUAGUUUAUUCAUUUUGAUUACGUUUUUAUUACCUUUCACUUAAUUAAAACUAAAGAAGAAAUGAUUGACUCGGACACAAUAAUGACAACUGUCACUGAAGUCACUGACUGCAGUACUUUUGACCCUCUUGCGUUUGAUCUCUUGAAGGCUGUCACUCAGUUGUCAACUUUAGUUGAAGGCUCAACCUUUGCAGGUGUAGAUCUUCAAUUACUUCAAUCACCAACUAUAACAAACUCAAGAUCACAAUUACUUGACGUAGUGUCAAAAUCAAUGCUUAAACCAGAAUGGACAACAAGUGUUGUACGUUUAUUCCGACCUAUUGUUAUUGAUCUCGUUGCUCGCUGGACUUUACCUGGGUUCACCACAUUCUUAGACUCUGCUCCUUUAUCACCAAACGCUAGCAGUACUGUAUAUAAAAUUGAAUUGGUUGCAAAGGCUUUUAGCACUGUGCUUCCCAUUGUACCGCAAGUAAAAAGCUUGGCUGUAACAUACUUUACCCACUCAACCUCGUUAUUCGAAAGAUUGAAUCACUUGAACACUUUCAGCGAAGCAGAAGUCACAUCAUCUUUGACAGCUGAAUUACAAGAUUUACUCAUCACAACAUAUAGACUACUUCAUUUCUCUACAUCAACUUUUACACCACUUUGGAAUUGGGGACCCUUAGUUCAAUUACUUCAAUUCCCCAAUGCAUGUAUUCGCUACACCACAGUCUUAUGUCUCAGCAAAGUUUAUGGAUUAAGUGAUGCCCAAAUUAAGAACUUAUUGACUUCAGUCGUGGGAGCCGGACACUCCCUGGAUGAAUCUGAUGAGCCUCUUUAUACUUUAAUUGAUGGAAAUCGUGUUGAUAUUAGAUUCUUAAGUUUAUGGGAACAACAACAAUUAGCGGACGAUCAGAUUUCUUUCUUACACAACGACUAUGAUACGGAGCAUAAUCACCAUAAGCUCUCUAAUGACGAUUUAUGCCCACUUACUUGCAACUUGUGCGGUGUCUUGAUUCCUAAAACAGUGAACUCUUCGGACAAAGAGGAAUCUGUCAAGCAUUUUUUCGACCCCAAGCUCGUACUGACGAAUACAACAUCCAAAAAUUUACAUGCUGUUAGUCUUGCAUUAUCCAUUGGUGCACCCACAUUAUUAGAAGGUGUCACUGGUGCAGGUAAAACAUCGCUCAUUGAAGAACUUGCAAGUAGAACUGGAAGAGGAGCAGAGUUAGUGAAGAUCCAUUUGGGUGAUCAAACGGAUCCUAAGGUGUUGUUGGGUACCUAUGUAUCCACUUCGACUCCUGGUUCUUUCCGCUGGCAGGCUGGUGUUUUAACUACCGCCGUUUUGGAGGGCAGAUGGGUCUUGAUUGAAGAUAUCGAUUUAGCUCCUGCCGAAGUUUUGUCUGUUCUUUUACCUCUUUUGGAAACAAGACAUUUAUUUAUUCCAUCUCGCGGUGAGAAGAUCAAGGCUAAGGAAGGAUUCCAAUUAUUUGGUACACGAUCAUUCAUUCCCACUAGAUCUGGAAAAGGAACUAGCUCAAGAGGCGGCGACUUAAUGACGGGUGCUAAUUUAUGGACCAGAGUGCAUGUUGAACCUCUUACUGUAGAUGAAUUGGAAGCAGUUGUGCGACAAAAGUUCACCCACAUCGGUGAUUUUGCUACACAUGUUAUGACUCUUUUCCAAACUGUGGUUGGUAUGUAUCAAGAUCCCAACUUCUCGUCUUUAGCUUCAUCAACAAUGGGCCGUUUCCUUUCAACCCGUGAUUUGAUGAAAUGGUGUCAUCGUGUUGAUUUAUUGAUCGGCGAAAAGUUAAAUGAUACAACAACUGUUGGCAUGGAUUUAUCUCUUCGUCAAGAUUUGUUCAGUGAAGCAAAUGAUUGUUUCUGUGGUAUGAUCCCCGAUUAUAACAUCUGGAUGACUGUUCUGGAAACGAUCGGUAGACCACUUCAAAUUUCAGAGGAUUUAGUUCGUAAUUACGUCGACCAAUAUAAGCCAACCUUGGAUUUAGAAGAUUCAACUAUUCGUAUCGGCCGUGUUAAUUUGUCAUCAAUUGCUGCUAGCGGUAAGCAAAAGCAAAAGCAAGCAAUGAUUAAGCGUGAAAAGAAAAGACCUUUUGCAACAACUGGUCACGCUUUGCGUUUGAUGGAAAGAAUUGCUGUCUGUAUUCACUUGACCGAACCUGUGUUAUUAGUCGGUGAGACUGGUACUGGUAAAACUACCGUUGUUCAACAUUUGGCUGAUAUGAUUCAUCAAAAUUUAAUUGUCGUAAAUUUGUCUCAACAAUCGGACAGUUCCGAUUUGUUAGGUGGCUUCAAGCCUGUUGAUGGUAAAGUAUUGGCUAUUCCCAUGAAGGAAGACUUUGAGCGUCUUUUCGAGAAGACUUUUUCUGUCAAGAAAAACAUCAAGUUUUUAGAAAUGGUUCGCAAGACAUUUAUUCACCAAAAAUGGGCCAAUUUUGUCACUCUUCUUAAGCAAGCCGUGAAAAUGUCUCAACAAAAAUUCGAAGCAGAACAAAACGUCGAAAGCAAGAAGGUAUCUUCUCCUACACUCCGUAACGCUUGGAAGGUUUUUACCAAGCGCGUCGAGGAAUUUGAAGUUCAGCAAGUACAAUCUCAAAACAAGUUCGUAUUCAACUUUAUGGAAGGUUCGCUUGUAAAGGCUGUUCGUCAAGGUGAUUGGAUUUUACUUGAUGAAAUCAAUUUGGCCACAACCGAAACCCUCGAGUGUCUUUCAGGCCUCCUUCAAGAUGCUCAUGGAUCCCUCUUGUUGACUGAGAAGGGUGAUGUUGAACCUAUCAAGCGUCACCCCAAUUUCCGUCUCUUUGCUUGUAUGAAUCCUGCUACCGAUGUAGGCAAGCGUGACUUACCUCCUGGUCUUCGUAACAGAUUCACUGAAUUCUAUGUGUACCCUCCUGAUGCCCGUUAUGACGACCUUUUACAAAUCGUUAAACAAUACCUUGUUAGCAUUGCCUCGGGUGACGAAAGAUGUUAUGAUGAUGUCGCAGAGUUCUACACUAGUGCUAAAAAAUUGGCUGCUGAGCACAAGCUUGUGGAUGGUGCAAAUCAGCGUCCUCAUUUCAGUAUGCGUACCUUGGCUCGUGCCUUAACUUAUGUUGCCCAGAUUUUCCCUACUUAUGGAUUAAGACGUUCUCUUUACGAAGGCUUCUGUAUGACUUUCUUAACUCAACUCGAUAAAGAGAGUGAGGUUAUGAUGCGCGACCUGAUCUUCAAAACUAUAUUGCGUGAUGUGCCUAAUCCUAAGAAUCUCAUCACUCAAAUUCCCCGUCAGCCUGCCGAGGACUUUAUCCAGUUUGGUUACUUCUGGUUGCAGCAAGGCCAAUACCCACCUGAAGAUGAUACACGUUAUAUUUUGACUAAAUCUGUCGAAGUUAAACUUUUCAACCUUGCACGUGUGAUUAUGUCCAGAAAAUUCCCUGUCUUAAUCCAAGGUCCUACAUCUGCUGGUAAAACUUCAAUGGUGGAAUACAUGGCCAAGAAGACUGGUCACCGUUUUGUUCGUAUCAAUAACCACGAACAUACUGAUCUUCAAGAAUAUCUUGGUACAUAUGUUUCGAACAGCGAAGGAAAGCUCGUUUUCCAAGAAGGUGUUUUAGUCGAAGCUCUUCGUAAUGGUUACUGGAUUGUUCUUGAUGAACUUAAUUUAGCUCCCUCUGAUGUUUUGGAAGCCCUCAAUCGUUUGCUCGAUGAUAACAGAGAAUUAUUAAUUCCUGAAACUCAGGAAGUGGUUAAGCCCCAUCCUCACUUUAUGCUUUUCGCUACCCAAAAUCCCGCUGGUCUCUAUGGUGGUCGUAAGGCAUUAUCCAGAGCCUUCCGUAAUCGUUUUCUCGAACUUCAUUUCGAUGAUAUCCCUGAAGAUGAACUAGAGACUAUUCUGUCAAGACGCUGUAGCAUUGCUCCUACUUAUUGUAACAAGCUUGUCAAGGUGUACAAGGAGUUGAUGGAACGUAGACAAAGUACUCGUAUUUUUGAACAAAAGCAUGGUUUCAUUACUCUCCGUGAUCUUUUCCGUUGGGCCGGUCGUGACCCUCAAGGUUACCAAGAACUGGCCGAAAAUGGUUACAUGCUCUUAGCCGAAAGAUGUCGUAAGGACGAAGAAAAGAAGGUCGUCAAAGAAGUUCUUGAGAAGAUUAUGAAGGUCAAAAUUUCCGAGGACUCUAUGUAUGAUUGUAGCAAUCUUGAAGAGUAUGCUAUCUAUGAUCGCAUGCUCACUGAGCAUGCAGCCAAAUCUGGCGAGGAUACCAAACUUGUAUGGACUAAGGCAAUGCGUCGUUUAUUCAACCUUGUAGCUCGUUGUCUUCAACAUAAUGAACCUGUUUUACUUGUUGGUGAAACUGGUUGUGGUAAGACUACUGUUUGUCAAAUGCUUGCUGAAACCUAUAACCGUGAACUUCAUAUUGUCAAUUGUCAUCAAAAUACUGAAACCGGUGAUUUGCUUGGUGGUCAACGUCCUGUUCGUAUCAAAGAAACAAGCGAAGAUCCCGAUAAAUCACAAGCCUUAUUUGAAUGGCAUGAUGGUCCUUUGGUGCAAGCAAUGAAAGACGGUCACUUAUUCUUACUUGAUGAAAUCUCUCUUGCCGAUGAUUCUGUACUUGAAAGAUUAAAUUCUGUCCUUGAACCUAGUCGUCUUCUGGUCCUUGCCGAAAAGGGUGGUAAGCAUGUAGAGGAGCUCUAUGGUACCAAAGAUUUCCAAUUUUUGGCUACUAUGAACCCUGGUGGUGAUUAUGGUAAAAAGGAACUUUCUCCUGCCUUAAGAAAUCGUUUUACCGAAAUCUGGGUUCCCUCUGUCACUGAUAGAGAUGAUUUGAUUAAGAUUAUCGAUGAACAGAUGACACAUCCCGCUCUCGCUGGCUAUAGUGAGAAGAUGCUUGAUUUUAUCUCCUGGUAUACCCAAGCUCUUGGUCAAAGCCGUACAGUUGUGUCUCUUCGUGAUGUUCUUUCAUGGGUUAAAUUUAUCAAUGUUGCUGUUGAUUCUGGAUUAAACCCUGAGUUGAGUUUCUCUCAUGGUGGCUGUUUGGUAUUGCUUGAUGGUUUAGGUUCCCAUGGUUCUUCUGGCUCUUAUUUGACUGGCAGCACACUCAAAGAUUUCAGGCUUAAAUGCCUCCGUCAUCUUUCUGGUAAGCCUAAUGCAACAGAGCUUGAGAUUUUGGGCGAGACUAAGGAUAGAGUUCAAUUUGCUGGUGAUAAAUUUGCUAUUGGUCCUUUCCAAAUUCCUCGCGGCCAGUUAGCCAAGACCGAUAUCAAAUUUACAUUGUUGGCUCCUACAACAGCCGAUAAUGCUAUGCGCGUCAUCCGUUCUAUGCAAUUGAAAAAGCCUAUUUUGCUUGAAGGUAGUCCUGGUGUUGGUAAAACUAGUCUGGUCUCUGCUUUAGCCACGGCUUCUGGUCACAACUUGGUUCGUAUCAAUUUGUCUGAACAGACUGAUUUGAUGGAUCUUUUUGGUUCUGAUCUUCCUGUCGAAGGCGGUAACAGUGGCGAGUUUGCUUGGAGAGAUGCUCCCUUCUUGCAAGCAAUGAAAGCUGGUGACUGGGUUUUAUUAGAUGAAUUGAAUUUGGCUUCGCAAUCUGUGUUAGAAGGCCUUAAUUCUUGUUUGGAUCAUCGUGGUGCUGUUUAUAUCCCCGAACUCGACAGAGAAUUCUUCUGUGAUAAGAAUUUCCGUGUAUUUGGUGCUCAAAAUCCUCUUCAACAAGGUGGUGGUCGUAAGGGUUUGCCUAAAUCUUUCGUCAAUCGUUUCACUCAAGUUUACGUCGAACAGUUGACUUCAGAUGAUCUUUUAUUCAUUUGUUCUCAUUUAUUCCCUGAAUUUGAACCUACUACCAUGGCCAAGAUGAUCGAUUUUAACAACAAAAUGUACGAAGAAACUAUGAUUCGCUGUAGUUUUGGUCGUAAGGGUAGUCCCUGGGAAUUCAAUUUACGUGAUGUAUUCCGUUGGCUGGAAUUGAUGCAGAAGGACAACGUUACCGAUCCUGCAGAAUAUCUUGAUAUCAUUUACAUGCAACGUAUGCGUACCCAUGAUGAUCGCGUGCAAAUUGUUCAACUUUACGAGUCCGUGUUUAACGUCAAGUAUGACCGCUCUCGUAAGCCAAGCUAUCAUGUAUCCGCCAAUUCUCUCAUUGUUGGACAUUCCCGUUUGCCCAGAAGACAGACCGAAAGUUCUAUCGAUAUAUUUGAACAUGAGGAUCAUAUUUUACAAUCAUUCUUAUCUCCUCUUGAGUCCUUAAUGAAAUGUGUAGAAUCAUCUUGGAUGGCUAUUGUUACUGGACCUUCUGCCUCCGGAAAAACAUCACUUGUUCGUCUUUUAAGCAAAAUGAGUGGCAAUCGUUUGGAAGAAUUUGCUAUGAAUAAUAGUGUAGAUACGAUGGAAUUACUUGGUGGUUUCGAACAAGUUGAUUUGAACCGUCAUCGUCAAGUUGUCAUGGACAGUCUUCACGUAAUGAUCAGCAAUGCAUCAAAGAAUUUACUGAUGUAUUUCGCUACCCUCUCCGCUGAAAGUGAGCAAUUUGGUACUGUAUUGCAACUGAUUCGCCAACUAAAUGAUUCAUGGUAUGCUCUUGAAAGUAAGCAUCAAAUGAAGGUUAUUUCUACCGACCCUAAAGCUGGCUCUUUGGAUUAUACCCUUGUCACCAAUGUCAUCAACUGCUUAAACUCUGCAUCAGUGGUUGAUGUACAAGCCAAAGAAUCUAUUGAAGCUGUUACUGUUCUUAUUCAAAAUCUUCAAAAACUCGAAAGUGAUACUGUCGCUGGUAAGUUUGAAUGGAUUGAUGGUCUUUUGAUCAAUGCUCUUGAAAAAGGUCACUGGCUUCUCAUCGAUAACGCCAAUAUGUGUAAUCCCUCUGUUCUUGAUCGUUUGAAUCCUCUUUUUGAAAAUGAUGGUGUUCUUAUGGUCAAUGAAAGAGGUCUUGUUGAUGGAACCGUGAAGGUCAUUACACCUCACCCCAACUUCCGAAUGUUUAUGACUGUUGAUCCUCAAAAUGGUGAACUUUCUCGUGCCAUGAGAAAUCGUGGUAUUGAAAUUUCAUUAGUUGACUCCAACUGGAACAAGAACACCCAAGAUGUUACUAAGCUUGCCAAUUCUCUUGGUGUUCGUGGACCUAAGUUGCCAAUGAUUUUAAAUGGAUUACAAGGUGCUGCAACUGCCCAACGUCGUCACUUCGCUAAGGGUGAAAAUGUCAGAGACUACUUGUUGUUUGCUACUUACCUUGUUGAACGUCUCCAACGUGGUCAAUCUCUUAAAAAUGCAAUUCGCGAAUCUUUCUUCCAAGUAUUUGUCGAUAUCAAGGAAGCCCCCGAAGCUCUUGUUGCUUUAUUGGAACCCAACCCCGAUGAAGAUUUGCUGCAAAAUAUGCUUAGCCCUACCAAUUCUCCUUUCCUUAUUGGCGGUCUUUUGUUCCAAAAUGAUUCUGCUCUUGCAACCAUUGCUCUUCAAGGUGCUUAUCUCAUCUACUUGUUGCAAACUCUUGAUUCCGAAGAUAUUGCUCAGUUAAAGAAGAUCGAAAUUGCUGGUGAUUAUUUCUUAGAACAUUUGACCUACCAAGAUUAUGGUCUUCGUAUGCGUUGGUUGGCCUACAUGUCUCAACAGGCAGUCAGCACCAAGUCUACCGUAUUGGAGCGUUUAGGUUAUUUAAUGAAAGAAGUGUACGUUCAUCCUACCUUUUUGGAAUUGUCAAAGAUCCAAUCUGAUAUGAAAGAGGGUGUUUCUUAUAAUGCUUCUGUUUUGGAGUAUACCCGUGACGCUUACCACUUAUUGAUUCGUCUCCACAAGCAAGAGUAUGCCGAUAAGAACAUGCGCACUGCUACUCAACGUCUCAAGGUUGGUAAUUUGACUUCUCUUCAACAGUCAUAUUGUUUCCAUGAGGGCCGUUUGAGUGAAAGUCAACUUUUGCAUCCCGUCGUCUCUAAGCUUUAUCCUCUUUUCGAGUCUAUCAAGUCUAGCUUUGCUACCUGGAUCAAUCAAGGAUACUAUCAUGCUUGUCCUUCCUCGACAUUUGAAGUCUUUAACAAAAUUCUUGAUGCCCGUGAUUUCGCUUGGAACCUUACACAAUUGGAAAGUCUCAGUCUCGAUAAUCUUUUGAUCAUCUUAAGAAUUAUGAAAGAUCUUAUGUCUGCCGAAGGUGUCAAAUGCGCUCAAAUGGAUCCUAUUUUCGGUCAUAUUGAAAAUAUCAUGUCUGGCUUCGAUUUUAACACCAGUAAAUCUAUGAAGGCUUUAUGGAAAUACUUCUGUCCCUCUACUUUGUCUUCCGAGUCUUUGCAUGAACUUGAAGCCGAAUUACACAAGAUUAAUGCUACUAUGAACUCCUACAAGUUUGAUUCCGAAGAUGGACUUAGUCCUAAAUCUCUUGUAUUGCGUGCCAAAUCUGAAGCCAAAGAAGCUUUGGUUGAAGGUAUUGCUACACUAUAUGCCGUUGAUGAAAACGAUACCGAGAAUGCUGAAAAGGUGUUGAAAUCUCUCCGUAAGCUGCCUGAGUAUAUCAAUCGUGAACUUGAAUCGUCUGCACCCGCUGAAGGUGAUAUUAGAAGAGACACGUAUUGGGAUACUGCCUUAAUGCCAUUGUAUGAUUACACUAGUGUCGUCACUGAGAUGGAACUUAUUGCUAACCUUUAUACUGCUGCCUGUGAUUCUUCUGACACUGCAGCCAUGGAGAAGCUGGUCGAAGAGAUGUUAAAGUUCAGAAAAUUCGCUUUCAACAAAACAUCUCGACCCCCUCUCGAUAUGGUUCCCUAUCAACGAAUGAUCUGGUUCUUGGACUCAGGUAAUACUGAAAACAUUGCCACAGCGCUUCCCGGUAUGGUUCAAGAUGCUGCCUAUACUUAUCAUCAACGUCUUUGGCGUUCGAGUGUGUACCAGAAAGACCUUUACCAAUUAACUCCUUCUGAUGCAGAAGUUGAUCUUGGUAUCACUGAAGGUUCUCUCAGUCUUUUCGAAAGUGUAGAAACUCUUGCAUGUUUGAACAUUUUGAGUUCCGUGGAUAAGAUGCCUGCAGAUGCUUAUGAGAACGCUCUUACUCAGCUGAAGAAUUUGAAGCACUUCCUCACUUCUAAUGUCAAUUUGAAGGAUAGAAAAGCACUUGAAGUUGUUAUGCUCAUUGCUAUGGCUCGUCAGUUGCUUAACGCUUCUUCCGAAGUUAUUCCUAACGAACAUUACAUUGCCAUCUCCGCUGAAUUCACCAAGAUAACUACUUUCACCAAGACACUUUUGAGAUCUUCAAUCUAUUCUACUGAAAAUAUUAGCUCUCAAUAUGACGAUGCUUUGUCGGUAUUCACCGAAAUCUCAAAAAUUAUGGAAGGUGUCGACUUCAAUGGCUUUUAUAUCAACGCACUCAUUUCUGUCAGUGAUAGUAUUCGCCAUUUGAGAAGUAAGGAUGAUGUUGGUUUCUACUCUGCUGCUGGUAAGGCUCGUGUUCUUUUGGGCUUGGCUUUUGUAUCUGCAUACAUCCCCGAUUAUCCCGUCGAUCCUACGUCUGAGCCUCGUCUUCAUGUCAACUUGUUGAACGUAAAGAAGCAAGAACACACUGAUAAUAUUGAAAUCCGUAGCAACAUUGAAACUGUGUACACUGGUAACAAUACCAACAAGACUAUCAAUCAAGAACAGUCUAAUUUGAAUAAGAUCAACACUGAGCUUUCCCAAAGUGCCACUAUUUUCUCUCUUCGCCCUGCCAAAUCUCAGUUAGAUGAAAUCUUUGUCGAUUUACGCUACCUUCAAAAGAGUAUGCUCGAUCGCAAUGUUGAAAAUUUGUUGCUUGAUCUUGAAGCUAAUGGUAUCGAUUCUGUAUUACAACGUGAAAAUCUUUUACAAGGCAAUGCUCUUCAAUUCGUUGACAGAGUUCAUCACAAAUUCCCCUUGUACAGAGAUAUUCUUCAACCUCUUAUUGUCGCUGUUGAUGAUAUCAAGUAUGGUUUGCGUAUUUUGACUGCUAAUGCCAGAAAAGAUUCCACCGACAAGUUCUUAGCUGAAGUUAUCGAACUUCUUGUGCGUGAUCCUGAUGUAUCUCAUCAUGAUUAUGACCUUGAUUGGCACACUCUUGCUACACCCGAAAAGAUCGCUAAACUCAAGAGAGUUGUAUUCGAAAGAGCUCCCACAAACAGAAAAUGGGCAUUCUACCUUCGUCUUUUGAUUGUCAUUCUUCAACGUCUUGUAAUUGGUGUCAACACUAAUGCUUACAUGAAGACAGACGAUCUUAUUUCCGUUAAUGUUUUGUUCAGUGAAAUUAUCCAAGUCUGGAAAUCCGCUGAAGAGUACAAGCGUAAAAUGGCUGUUGAAAAGGAAGCUAUGUUCAAAACUCGUGCAAGAAAAUAUGAGCCUCCUACUGAUGAAGAGCUCGAAGAGCAGGAUUUGAAGAAGAUUUUUGCUGAUUUUAACGAGGAGUUUGCUGAUUUAGAUAUUGAAGAUGACGGUCAAGCUAAAAAGACCUUUAUUCCUACUGAUGUCGAAGAAGCCUCUGUUUUGGAUGACGAAGAUGUCUAUCGUAUCGGUCAUCUCCACAGAGUUCUGUUUGAAACCUACAACCGCGAUAGUUGCGUUCGUUCCGAUAAGUCCUGGGAUCGCGAAACUAUCCAGUCUUAUGCUGUUGCCAGUCAACUUGCUACUAUGGCUAACUCUGCUUUCACCAAUGCUACCGAUCGUAUAUGUAAUGGUGGACAUCUUCGUGUAACUUCCUUAACUAUCAACCGUCUCGAAUCUGAAAAUUCCUUCGCCAAGACCAGUGAUAACAUUUACGAUUUCUACCAAAGCGAAAAUGUCGGUGAGGCUAAGCGUAUCGAGCCUAUCGUCAAUCGCUUCAAGGCUCGUAUUUUGGAACUCAUUGAACAAUGGCCUGAACAUGCUAUUCUUGAACAAUUAGUUGUGAUUUGUGAUCGUAUCUUGACUUUCUCUAUUCUUUCACCUGUUGCCAAAUUCUUGACUGGUGUUGAACUUUUGUUACAAAAGUCCGAAGAUUGGGAAGCAUAUGCUGCUAAGCAUGUCUCAUUAAAGGAUCAACGUGAAGAGUUAAUCGCUUUAAUUGUCAGUUGGAGACAACUCGAACUUAAUUGCUGGCCUAAGCUUUUGGCUGCUCAAGAGCAAUACCAACAAGAUGCUGCUUUUACCUGGUGGUUCCAUCUUUACGAUACUGUCAAUAACACAUCUUUUGAGAGCGAUUCUGAGGCCGAAAAUACCAAGAAUACCCGCGAAUUAUUGGGUGCUCUUGAUCAAUUUGUCCAAUGUGCCUCGAUUAUUGAACUCGAACCUCGUCUCAAGAUGAUUGAUAGUUUCUAUCGUCAAACCAAGAUUCAAGCACAGUUGUCUACUUUUGAAGGCGAGAAAUUGAACUAUGAAAGAACUGCAACUAUUUUGCGCAACGUCUAUUUGUACUACUCUCAAUUCCAAGAACAUGCUAACACCAUGCUCGCUCAAUUACGUAAGCCUAUUGAAAAGGAUUUGAAAGACUUUGUGAAAAUCGCUACCUGGAAGGAUGUCAACAUUUAUGCUCUUCGUCAAAGUGCUGCCAAAACACAUAGACAACUCCAUAAAUGUAUCCGUAAGUAUCGUGAAGUUUUGAACAACUCCAUGUUGACCAUUAUUGCAAACUAUAAUGAGGAGCAUGCCAUGUAUCAAUUUGGUGAUGAUAAGCGUUAUGCCAAGGAUGUGAACCGUGGUCUUGUUGAUCAACUUUCCCAAGCAGAUAUCUGGACUGGUACUACUGUCAUGCCUGAACCUAAUACCGAAUUCGAUUGGUCUUCUGCUCCUGUUGUCAAGCAGCAUUUGAGUAACCUUCAAGUUACAUUAAACAGAAUGCGCGCUUAUUGUCGCAAGGAUAUCUUUAUCGCUGAUGAUGAGACUAAAGAACUUCCUUUGGAAACCUUUAUGACUGAAAUGAUUGAGCAGAUCAAGUACUUCCAAAAAGAGACUCCUUCUAUCAUGACCGAAGAAAACAAGUCUACCGUCAAGAACCAAAAGCUUUUGAAGAAAAAGGCGUUAGUUGACUUUUUGAAAGAACUUCGCCGUAUUGGUCUCAAGUCUCGUCCUGGUAUUAUGAAGGAGGCUAAUGCUGAUACUGCCAUUCUUUUCCGUCAACAAGUUGCCGACUUGGAAUCCGUUGUACAAAGCAGAGAUCUUCAAAAAGAGAAGUUAUCUAGUUACACUUGUGCAACUGCCGAUAUGGUCGAACAAUGGAAGAAAGCUAACGAUUACUAUUAUCGUUGUAUUGCUAGAAUGACUCAUUUGAGAACAAUUAGCAGUAUCAAUGUUAGUAAAGAUCUUUCUAUGCUUGAGGUUGAACGUUCAUUGAGUGCCACUGAACAUAUGUUCAGUCUUACUGGUAAGGAGCGUACUAUUUUGGCUCGUGUCGAAGAGCGUAUGCAAAUCCUUCAAGGUGGUGCUGUUCAACUUGCAUCCUUGUAUGACUCUUUCUCUCAAGGAAAGCCUAUCGCUAGCGAUGCUGAACUUGGCUGUCGCUUGACUAACCACAAGGUGCAUAUCGACAAACUUGCUUUGUUCAUGAAUCAAGCUGUGGCUGUCGUUACUCUUCAAGCUGGAUCUAUCGGUCAACAAACAUUGAAGGACUUACAAGACAUGGCUCGUGAUAUCAAGAAGAUCCAAAAGACUAUUGACUAUUGUUAUGUUCAACGUUAUCUUUAUCCUAGAUCUGCUACUGGUCUUGAAUUUUCUUUAUUGACUACUGAUGUUGAAGAAUUGAUCGAGUCUCAUUCCGAAAAGAUUGAAUUGAUCCAUACCUUAUUGAUUAGUGCUAUGCAAGUAUUGCCUCAAUCCAGCCAUGUAUUGUUCCCUAUUACACAGUAUAUCGAUAGUAUUCGUCGCUUACCUAUCAAUCAAGUACAAGAAGAAGAAACCGAAAAGGUCACUAUUGUUGAUCUUCGUGAGAAGAUUUAUGGUUUGAUUGAUGUUGCUUUGGUGUCUAUCCAAGAUCUUAAAAAGGCCAAUGCCCCCCUUGAGAAGCCCAAGUCUAUCUUCACCGAAGAAGAAGAGGAAGAGGAGACUGAAGAUAUGGGUCAAGAUUAUAUCCGUCAUCAAAACAGUAAACAAGCUAAGCUUGCCAGUGCUCUUCAUCUUGAAUCUGCCUCCAAGCGAUGUGUUGAAGUUUUGACGAUUGCCCAUAACCUUAUGGCUCGUCCUGAAUCUGCCGAUGUUGUCGACGAGAUCUCUCGUUUGUUACAAGAAACUUAUCCUUUCCUCCAACAAUACAUGCUCAUUGUCCAACAUACUCUCAGUAAGAUGUUAAUUCAUCACAAGACUAUGGCUAAGAUGACCUAUUGUCUUGUUAAUUCUUUCAGUAUUAUCAUUACUAAGGGUUUCUGUAUGCCUGCUGGUGCCGAUGACGGUGAGGAGGGUGAUGCCGAUGGUACGAUGAGUGGUACCGGUAUGGGUGAAGGUGAAGGUAACAAGGACGUCAGUGAGGAAAUUGAGGAUGAAGAACAAGUUCUUGGUACUCAAAACGAAGAGCGUAAGAAUGAUGAAAAGGAAGAUACCAAGGAAGAGAAGAAUGGUAUGGACAUGGAGAACGACUUCGAUGGUAAUCUUGAAGAUGCCGAACAAGAUGACAAGGACGAAGACGACUCUGAUAGCUCAGACGACGAAGAAGAUCCUGAUGAGCAAAUUGGUGAUGUCGAUGACAUGGAUCCUGAUGCUGUUGAUGAUAAGAUGUGGGGCGAUGAGGCCGAAGAAAACUUGAAGGAAAGUGAUAAAACCGUUGAAGAUCAAGGCAAUCAAGAGCAAGAACAAGAGUCUGAAAUUGUUGCUAAGGAUGAAAACGAUCAACAACCUGAUUCCAAGGGCGAAAAGCCUGAAAAAUCCGACAAGAAUGAAAAUCAACAAGAGGCUGAUGGUGAUGAAGGAGACGGUGAUGAGGAGAUGGAUGAUAAGGAGGAAGGUGAUGAGGAGAAUGAGGCCGAAGGAGAGGGCGAAGAUGAGGAUGACGUUGAGAACAAGGCUGGUGAGCAGCUCAAUGCCGAUAUUCCUGAAGCCGAAACUUUAGAGCUUCCUGAUGAUAUGAAUAUGGAUGGUGACGACGAUAAUGAAGAUGGAGGAGAAGAAGGUCAAGAUAUGAAUGAUCCCAUGGAUAUGGAUGAGCAAGCUCCCACUCAAGGUGAAGAACAACUUCCCGAAGAAGAUGAGAAUGCCGAAGCCUUCCAUGAUGCUUUAGAUGAUGUUGAGCAAGGUUUAGACGAAGACGAGGAAAUGGCUGAUGCCUCCGCUCAAAUGGAUACCGAAGUAGGUGAAGGUGAAGAUGACGAGGAGAAGAAUGGCUCCGGUGACGAAGAAAAGGAGGAAAAUGAAGAAGUUGCUCCCGAAGUUGGUGAUUCUGAACAACAAAAGAAGAAUGGUCAAAUUGAGGAAGAUGAGCAAGAUGCUGAUGAAGAGAAUAAGGCUCAAAACCGUGAGCAGCCUGAUAGUGACGCUACCGCCGAUAAUCAAUUUGGUGUCCAAGGUGAAUCUGGAAAGCAAAGUAAGAGUUCAGCUGGUAAGAAGGAAGGUGAAGAUGAUACCGCUGAUACGGCUGAUGCUGAAGAUGAAAAGGCUGAUAAGCAAGAACAAAAGGGUAAAUCCGAACGUGGUGCCAAUCAGUCCAACGAAGAAGAAGCAGAGGAUGCCGAGAAAGAAGAACAAGCCGAAGAUGGUGCUGAGGAACAAGAUGCCAGUCAAGCUCAAGCUAAUCCUCAAAGAAGUUUGGGUGACGCAUUAGAGAAAUGGCGUAGAAGACUUGCCGAUCUUGAUGACGAGCCUGAAAAUGAAGAAGAAGAGGCCGAUUCAGAGAAAGAAAAGAAGACUGAUAAUCCUGAUAACGAAGAAGCCAAGGUCAAUGAAGAUGAUUCAUUCGAGUAUGUCAAAAAUGAUGACGAGGCUCACGAUAUGCAAACCAUGGGUAAUGCUCAACCGGAUCAAAUCCAAGAUCUAAAGAUGGGUGGCAUGGAUGAAGAAAAAGAAGAUUCCAAGGAAACCUCUGGUGAAAUGGAGGCCGAUGAACAAAUGGAUGAUGUUGAUACUAUGCCUUUAGCUCGUGAUACACUUGACAUGUCCGGUGCUGGUGAUAACCAAGGUGCUAUUCUCAGUAAGAAGCUUCCUGAACAACAAAUGAUGGAGGAGAAUGAUAUCUUGACCAUGGAUGAAUCUGUUUUAUCUCGUGAACCCCUUGAACAAGAAGAUAUUGAGCGUAUGAGAGAUGAGCUUGAAACCCAGGUGUCCGACUGGCGUGAAGAAGGCCGUGAUAUCAACAAGGCUCGUGAACUCUGGCAAGGUUAUGAAAAUUUAACACACGAUCUCGCUAUGGGACUCUGUGAACAACUCCGUUUGAUUCUUGAACCCACUCUUGCCACCAAGCUUAAGGGUGAUUAUCGUACUGGUAAACGUCUUAACAUGAAGAAGAUCAUUCCUUAUAUUGCAAGUCAGUUUAAGAAGGAUAAAAUUUGGUUACGUCGUACCAAGCCUAGUAAACGUCAAUACCAGGUCAUGAUCUCAGUCGAUGAUUCCAAGUCCAUGUCUGAAUCGCAUUCCGUCCAACUUGCGUAUGAAGCAUUGUCUCUUAUUUCUAAGGCAUUAUCCCAACUUGAGGUUGGUAAUAUCUCGAUUACAUCUUUCGGUGAGCGUGUCCGUUUGUUACAUCCUUUCGAUCAGCCUUUCACUGCUGAAUCCGGUGCAAACGUUAUCCAACAAUUUACUUUUGCUCAACAAAAGACUUAUGUCAAGAACUUGAUUGAAACCUCUCUCGGCUUAUUUGAAGGCGCUAAACACACUUCUGGUCCCGGUAACGCUGAGCUCUGGCAACUCCAAUUGAUUAUUUCUGAUGGUAUUUGUGAAGAUCAUAAUACACUCCGUGCACUUGUCCGAAACGCACUGGAUCAACAAAUUAUGAUGAUCUUUAUCGUCGUCGAUAACAAGCCUGAAAAAGAUUCCAUCUUGAACAUGACAAAUGUCAAGUAUACAGUCAAGGAUGGUAAAUAUGGUAUCCAAAUGAACCCAUACCUUGAAACAUUCCCCUUCCAAUAUUUUAUGGUCUUGCGUGAUAUCAAUGCUCUUCCAGAGGUCUUAUCCGAUGCUUUAAGACAGUAUUUCAGCUUUGUGUCCGCUUAGUUGUUUAGAAUAUUAGUUUAUAGUCUAUUUUUUAUUUUGUGUUAUAUUUUUUUUGUAUUAUUUGGUUAUUUUGAAUUAAAAGGGUUUUUAUGUUG